GACGCCGUGCGGACGCGGCGGAGCGGACGCGCGCUGAAGAGCGAACGGCCGUGUCGUGGGGAGAGCGGCUGCGGGGAGCGACUCAGCAUGUUGUGCCGGGCGGCGUGCAGCGCGGGCAGGAGGCUGGCCCCGGCGGCGGGCGCGGCGGGCGCGGCGGGCUCCCGGCACAAGCACAGCCUCCCCGACCUGCCCUACGACUACGGCGCGCUGGAGCCGCACAUCAACGCGCACAUCAUGCAGCUGCACCACAGCAAGCACCACGCGGCCUACGUGAACAAUCUGAACGCCACCGAGGAGAAGUACCGCGAGGCCCUGGCCAAGGGAGAUGUUACGACUCAGGUUGCUCUUCAACCUGCCCUGAAGUUCAAUGGUGGGGGACAUAUCAAUCACUCCAUUUUCUGGACGAACCUGAGCCCUAAUGGUGGUGGAGAACCCAAAGGAGAGUUGCUGGAGGCUAUCAAACGUGACUUCGGGUCCUUUGAGAAGUUUAAGGAGAAGCUGACUGCUGUGUCUGUUGGAGUUCAGGGUUCAGGCUGGGGCUGGCUUGGCUUCAAUAAGGAGCAGGGUCGCUUACAGAUUGCUGCCUGCUCUAAUCAGGACCCACUGCAAGGAACCACAGGCCUUAUUCCGCUGCUGGGGAUUGACGUGUGGGAGCAUGCCUAUUACCUUCAGUAUAAAAAUGUCAGACCCGAUUAUCUGAAAGCUAUUUGGAAUGUGAUCAACUGGGAGAAUGUCACUGAAAGAUACGCAGCUUGUAAGAAGUAAAGCCUUAUCAUGCUGAGUGUGUUAGGUCUUCGAUGGCUAUUUUUGUAGUAGUAUAGAGUACUGCAGUAACUAUGACCGCUUUAUUGUAACAUUUAUUGACGCGUAUCCACAUAUUUGAUGAACAUAAUGUUAUGAUAAUUUCUUAUCUUUAAUUAAAUUUAUUAUUAGGCAACUGUUUGAGAACAGUAUAUACUCUGUGUGAAUUACUCCUGAUUGACACUUUCAUUGAAGCCUUGUGGCUAGGACGCCAUAACUUGUCAUUAUAAGACCAUCAGAAAUAGCCCUUCUCUAUGUUUUGGGGGCCUGAGGGAGAGCCUGGAAUCCUGUUCUACUGCAGCUAGGAAAAGACGGCGUUUUUCCCUGAACAGUUCCCUUUUCUAUUAAAAACCCCUCAUUUUGAUUUAACCCUGUGUAUAAAGGAUGUCAGAUAGUGGUCUUUUUUAAUGGUCACAGCUUCCCGUUCUAAACCUGUAACUUGAGGCUAAGGGUAUCGUUCCGUGGUAGAGCCUUGUCUGUGCCAUGCAAGGCCCUGGGCUCUACCUCAGUACUGGAAACAGACCAUCAGACCCCGGAGCUUGGUUGCUCACUGAGAACUGUUUUAUUGUGACAGGAAUGCGAUUGUACUUCUGGGGUUUUCUAUAGGCAGAGAUGAGGAAACAUUUAAUGUUGUCUUUACGAACCAACUGUGUAUCGUAUGAAAGCGCUCAAGAUGGGCUCAUUAGGGUCUACCUGAUGACGUCAACCAUGGGGACUAGGCCACAGGGCAUUCUGGGAAGCCAUUCAGUCCCAUUAAUUGUAUAUCUCAGAACUAUACUGUGGGCCAGCUGACACUUUCCUUGGGAGAGGCAAAUGGAUUUCUGAGUGAGGUCAUUAGUUUUCAGAGACAUUUAUUUUCAUUUUUUUUUUUUCUGCAUGUUGCUUCAAGAAUUUAAAGCCACCAGAGGGGUUUUAUAUUGUUAUUCAAUAAAGGGAAGACCCUUUGCAUGACCAGGUGACAGAGCAUCUCUGUGCAGUGUUUGCACAUGGAGUUGUACACUGCCGAAAUGCCAUAGGGGCCCUUUGUGAAUUUGCCUUUUCACACUGUUUGACCAUUUUCCUAAUUAUCUAGUGACUGAUAAUGUUUUAUCAGUUGGACAUGCCAUUUAGAGUUCCAUUACUGAAUAGUUCAUUUGGGUUUAAUAUCAAAAAGAAUGCGCCCAGCAACCCUAAGCAUGCAACUGUUAUUUUUUAUUGGAGUAUUUUUUUUAAAGGCUUAUUUUUAACUAUGUGUGACUGUGUAUGUCUGUUCAUGUGAGCGCAGGUGCCCAUGGAGGCUAGAAGAGAUUGUUGGAUCCCUUAGAGCUGGAGUAGUCAGAGGUGGCUUUAAGCCACCUGAUGUGGGUGCUGGGACUUGAACUAGGAUCCUUUACAAGAGCAGUAAGCACUGAGCCACUGAGGCAUCUCUCCAGCCCCUGCAUUUUUUUUUAAAUUGAGUUUUUUUCUUAAACCUACUUAGUAAUUUGUCCCAACUUUACCUUCUAAUUCUCUCCUCAAGUAUAUUUACCUUUUUUUUUUUUUUAAUGGAAAAAUGGAGGAACUUGGCAGUUUCAAUAUUGAAGUCUGAAGUUAAAGAGAUACUUACAUUCAAAGCCCUUCUUAAGAAUUCUCUGUAGAAGCUAGCCUGGUGUGUUGAAUGUCAAAGGCUGAUCCAUUCCUGAUGGCUCUUUGUUUAUGUUUACGCUUGUGUAGGGAAGGACUUAGAAAACUCUGAGUGGGGUGUAUGGUAUGGUACAGUGACUGGGCUAACGAGGGUCACAUGGUUACCACUUACCCUUCGUUUACGAGCAGUGGACUCAAACAGACCUUCUAGGGAAGUGGGACUUGGACGGGGAGACUUGAAUACAAGCCUGUUAGGUCAUCGUGUGUCUUGAACUUACGGAUUUGCAGGGACUACUAACUUGUACAACUUUGACUCCUCCUAAGCACUCAGAUUUAAAAAAAAAAAACAAACCCUCAGUGUUGGAAUUUCUAUGAGGCUCUGUUUUUGCUGUGGCUUUCCGUUGUCGAGAAUGAGGGUCACACGGGGCUCAUUAAGUUUAAGUCUUCUCCUUGAUGCAUACAUUUAAGAGACCAAGAGAAUUCACAAACUAAAGACUUACAUCAUCCAGUGGAAAACGAGGUUUAGAUGAUUUAGCUGUCUUUUUAAAAGUAGAGACAAGUAGUUGACAUAGUGGUGCACGCCUAUAAACCCUGUCUUAACCCGAGCUCCACCCCCAGUCAAAAAAAAAAAAAAAAAAAAGUGCAACACAUACCAUUCGUCUGGGAAGGAGCGUGAGUAACUAGAUCAGCAGUGUGUUCCCCGUCAGGGUUGAACAUGAUAGACACUAGUAUAAUCAGCACUGGGUGGGGGAAUAAGGAAGCACAUUAAGUAUUUCCUUUGAGGCAGUAUCUGCUGCUUCAACUGUCAUGCACUAAAUAAACUUGGAGUUCAGAAACUGCCUUAUUGCAUCUGAAAUUCUUGGUCUAACAUGAGACCCGAAUUUCUGUCAAGCACCUUUAUAAAAAAAAGUGUCUUAGCUGUAGAGUCAGGAUUGAUUCAUGUUGUGUGUGAGCUAUAUCUAAAACUAAGUAAAAACACUGGCUUUUUUUUUUUUUUCCUGUUGUAAUUGCAGUUAAACUACUAAUAGGAAAGCUGUUUGGUAAAUUUUUAAGUAGGUUCUAGCAAAGCGCUAUUCUACUGAUCCUGGAGAGCUGGCAUCUUACUUCUGGACAUCUGGUACCUUCUGAGAACCCUGAAAGGUCCUGGGUAGGUUCCAUUUAAUUAUUGAUCAAAGAAGCAUUUAUUUUCCUAUGUAAGUGCGAAAUGUAUUUGAUUGUUAAUAAAAUCUGUAAACUAUG